UACAAGACACGAGGCCAGAAAGGAAAGAAAGAAAAGAUCAAAAGCACAAUACAGGGGAGGGAAAGAAGAAGACCAGAAACCAGAAAACAGAGCACAAAGCAAAGAUAGAUAGAUAUAUAUAUUUUUCCUCGACAGUUGUCUUGCCUUUGCUCAAUGUAGGUGCUCAUAUUUUGCUGUUUAACAGAGAAAGUAUCUUUGUAUAUAGAUAUCUCAUUUCAAAAUUAUAGGAAUGGAAUUGAUCAAUCCUUACAUUUGACUAUGUGAAAUCUGUGGUGGCAAAACAUGAGAGUAGGGUCAUUAUCAAAUUUAGUAACAUUGAACUGUAAGGUAAAGGGAGUGUUGGCAAGGAGGUUACUAAACCAAUAAUGUAGAAAGGAACCUCGCAUUUGUGUAUGAGAAGUUUUUAAUUUGGGAGGUUCUGGUGUGGCAAACCUCUUGAUUCUGCAAUUUAGUAGCAUGUCAGAUGAAAAUAUUUAGUAUUUGCAUUUAUAUAUGGAAUGUUUUUAAUCUUUCAUUUUAUCCAUUAUAGGAGAUUAUCGAUAUGUGUGAUUAUGUUGUUGGGCUAAGGAACCUUGGUGAGAUAGUUUGGACUCAACUACUUAUGUGGUGAUAAUCAAUACAAAAUAUCCUGAAUUUUUAGGGAGUUCUAGGACAAUGGUUUCAAUUGUAAGUUACAGACUAAUUGAACUCAUGAGUCAUGCCUAUUGGGUUACUUAUAUGUUGGAAUAGAUAAAAGCCAAUGGGGAUCGCGUCACCGUCAAGAGGCUCGAGAAAAACAAGGUCACUUCAACCAUUGCAGCAUCAAACAUGUAAAGUAGCUUUGGCAAAGCAAGAUUCAUUUAUUCUUAUGCCUACUGGGGGUGGUAGAUGUCUUUGCUAUCCGUUGUAUACCACUAUGAUGACUACUCUCCCUCAACUCAGUGGUCUUAGACCAAAAUUCUUAGCAGCACCUGUGCAGAAUUUGGUUGAUGUCCAACCCAUGAAACGUAAGGGGGAAAUGAUGCUUUGGGAGCUCGGUGUGACUUUAUUGGCUCACCCACUAAUCUGGUGGCAUCUCAUGAUUUUAAAGGCACCCCCAUAUUUUGAUAGGAGUAUUUUUGUUAGAUUAUGGUGGUGGCUUCUACACAACCCUGAUGUUGUGUGCUGGAAGGUUUGGAUUGGUUCCCUCACAAAUAGGAAAACCACUGCAGGGCUAAAGCUGGAGGUGAGGGACCCGGGUUUGCAGGCGGGUGACCAAGCUGGGUUCACACUUGCUGAUACCUUGGCCUGUGGAACUGUUUGCCACAUCAAUGAGCAUGACAGAGAUUGAAUUGAUAUCCACCUAAAGAUCGGGAAAGUUUUUUUUAGCAUUGAUAUUAACAUAUACAAUGUGAAGUGCACAUAUUGAAUGAACAUCGUCACUAAUUUAUAUGGUUAUAGGAAAAAUGAUUAGUGGUAAGGUUUUUCUUCUGAGUGAUGUGAUAUUUAAUAUUAUAUGCAUCACCUUUAACUUUCAGGGAUUAAUAUUAAUUAUGAUUUCAUUAAUAAUUCAAUAAAUAAAAAAUAA